GCCUUCCUUCCUCCGCCUGGGCUCCUCAUGGCACCGGGAGCCUCUCCGCCCGCUCUCCUUCUUCCUCCUCCUCCUCCUCCUCCUCGUUUUGACUGAGCCGAGGAGGGCGCAGCGUGCGGCGUCUCCCAUGGAGCCCUCGUAAAGAGCUCCGCGCCGGGAGCUGCCCAAAGGGGAAGAAGAAGACACGCGUGUGCGCGUUUGUGUGGAGGAGGAGGAGGAGGAGGGGGAAGGAAGGGAGAAGCCCUGGGUCUGGGAGCCAGGGAGCUGCUACUGCUGCGUCCCGCCAAAGCGCCGCUGGGCUGCCUGGCGCCCCAUGCUCUGCUCCAUGGCGAACUCCGGCUGCCUCCUGCUCCCCAACUCCGCCUUGCUCCCGCACUCGCUGCCGGGCCCCCCAGCCUUCCUCUACCUCCAGCAGGGCAACCAGGACGCCACGGCUCCUCCUGACGCAAUGGCCCAGCCCUAUCCCCCGGCCACAUACCCACCGCCUCCCCAGAAUGGCAUCCCUGCAGAGUAUGCUCCUCCGCCACAUCCGCAUCCGGCACAGGACUACUCAGGGCAGAGCACAGUACCUGAGCACGCCUUGACUCUCUACACGCCAGCACAGAGCCACCCUGAACAGCCCGGCACCGAUGCCAGCACGCAGUCCAUAGCAGGCACACAGACAGUACCGCAGACAGAUGAAGCCGCGCAGACAGACAACCAGACGCUACACCCGCCAGAUAGUGGUUCCGACAAGCAGCAGCCAAAGCGAUUACACGUCUCCAACAUCCCCUUCCGCUUCCGGGACCCCGACCUGCGGCAAAUGUUUGGGCAAUUUGGAAAGAUCCUGGACGUUGAAAUUAUUUUCAAUGAGCGCGGUUCUAAGGGUUUUGGGUUUGUAACUUUUGAAACUAGUGCAGAUGCCGAUCGGGCAAGGGAGAAGCUGAACGGCACCAUCGUAGAGGGACGCAAGAUUGAGGUCAACAAUGCCACAGCACGAGUGAUGACAAACAAAAAGGCAGCCAAUCCCUACACAAAUGGAUGGAAGCUGAACCCUGUGGUGGGGACUGUCUAUGGCCCAGAGUUCUAUGCAGUGACAGGUUUCCCAUAUCCAGCCACAGGAACAGCAGUAGCGUACCGGGGGGCACACUUGCGGGGGCGGGGCCGCACAGUCUACAACACGUUCCGGGCAGCUCCCCCACCUCCACCCAUCCCCACUUAUGGAGCAGUGGUUUACCAGGAUGGAUUCUAUGGUGCUGAAAUUUAUGGGGGUUAUGCCGCCUACAGAUAUGCCCAACCUGCAGCAACAGCAGCAGCUUACAGCGACAGGGUUGGCAACUCUGCGAUCCCCCAGUUUUUAACGCUGCCCCCUGUGUUCGCUCCUAGUUACGGCAGAGUUUAUGCAGCUGCAGAUCCUUACCACCACACCAUCGGCCCUGCUGCCACCUACAGCAUUGGCACCAUGGCUAGUCUAUACCGAGGAGGGUACAGCCGCUUCACUCCCUACUAGCAAGACAGACCCAGCCCCUCCUCACAAUAGUCACACUGACUUCUCCUUAGAAACCAAAUCAAAAUCAAAUGGACCUGGGCCCCUGCCCCACACUGUUGGCCCUGAGCUGCCUAAACCCACCUUAUUUCUUUACCUCAAACCACCUCUCAUGUCUCACAUCCCACAUGUCUCUGAUGGUGUACAGCCAAGUGUGUUUCCAUUGUGCAAAGCCACCAGCCUUGGAAUUUGGGACUGGUGCCUGCUUUCAGGCAAAAGCAAACAAAUAGACCACCAGCAAGCAGAACCUCAAGGAGAGCCUCCUGUUUUUCUCAGAGGCCACUCAGCUUCCCAACUCUUAUGGGUUUCCAGUUCCCAGGCUCUCAGUUCUGGGGCACCUCAUUCACUUUGGGUAGGCCCAUAAAGGCAUCCCACGUUGUCCCAUGGCAAAUCUCUCACAUGAUUAAGGGAGAACCUCAAGGGGGAGAAUACCAUUAAGAGAACUCAGGAUUUCAUCCCUAUCAGAUGUAAACUGCCCACAUGGGAUAUCCUUGCCUGCAACACUGGAUGGGCAGGGCCCAAGGCUUUCCUGGAAUACUAACAAGCCUAUGCUCUCAAAUCCUAACCCAUUGCUACCAUGCUUAGAUCUACUCAGUCUCCAAGUGACUGCAGGAAGUAUCUUCCAUCCUUCCCCACUGUGUCACCACAACAAAACUAUCUAGGGGGUGGGGCUGUGCCACUGAGUUGACUUGAUCAGGGACAGGAGAACAUUUCCCACUUCAGUGUUUUCCAAGAAUGUACAGUAAGAAGGGAAGGAAACUGAAAAUCCUAUGGCAGCAGUGGGCCUUCUGCCAAGUUGGCAGGGGCCAAAAUAGGCCCCCUUCUGGGACCCUCCUGGCUUCACACCUCUCUCUCUCACCAAAUUGCCUGGGGAUAUGAAGGAGCUGGCUGGGAGCAGCCCCAACGGGGCUGAAUGAUCCUAGCUCCUUCAUCAAUGUGGGACUACUAAGGUUAGCCAGUGGGCAAUAGUCUCUCUCCAUGUGCUGUACAGAACCAACUCAAAGAUCUAUUCUGAAGUGGAUGGGAGAGGAAGGCAUUUGUGGAGACAGGAGCAGGACGGGCAGAGGGAAUGGGCAAUGGUCAAGGAGGCUGGGGAUUGGGUGCCAGUGUCCUCACUUCCCAGUUCAAACAUUUUAGGCCAACAACCAUCCAGGGGCCAGAAAGGCCUUCUGUCACACCUCCCACUGCCCCACUCUUUCUGCACACCCCUGACCCCAACCCACCCCAUCCCACCCCCAGGCAAGUGCCUGCAGGUUUCUCCAUAGAACGUUCUGCCUUUUGUUUUCUGUUAUAGUGAAACCUUCAGCUGUUUCCUUCUGGGACCAGGAAGGGCACAAAAUAUUUUUUAAAGCAAAGCAACAAAACAAUUACAAAACUAUACAAGCCAAGCGACCGAGUGAAAGCCCCCUUCUGUCCACACAUGCGCCCCCCCAAAGCGAAAGGCCAACCGGAGCGCAGCCACCGACUGACCCACCGGACAGAGAGGACGGCAGCUGCCCACAGACUCUACAAAGCUGUCCAUGCCCGGGAGACCCGUGCCCUGCUCCCUUGCCCCCUCCUCUUCUGCUGCAGACUAUGGAGCCAGGAGGGACAGGCACUCUGACACAUGGACUGGACUCUGGAGGCCCCGGGGCCACUACGUCUUCCUUUCAACCCCCUGGAGAAGAGCUGCGGCCAACCCCUACCGCAGACUAACGCCACGAGCGCACCGGCAGGGCUAGCGAUCCUGCUUUUUGCUUCCCAGACCCUUCGCCUGCUUUUUGUGCUUUGCUGGUUCAUCCAUUUGUCAAGUUGGUCUUGGGGAUUCCCGGGCCAAGCCAGGGCAGGGGCUUUGGGGGUACAGCUAGCUUAUCCCAGUGGGUGGGAAUCUCGGGUUUUAGAGGGGGUUUUCUUUGAAGAGAUUGCACUUUCCCCUCCCCUGAGGAUCCCCGCUCCCACUAGCCCCUUUGGGGUCAGGAUCCCUAUCACCACUCUCCCCAGCCCCCAUUCACACUCCUCAUUCCUUUACCAACCCCACAGCAGGCCUGGCUGAGCUCUCUGUGGGUCACCUGAGAGCUGAGAUUACCUGAGAUAACCCCUGCCUCCUCAGCCGUAAGACCCCCCCCCCCAAGACAGGGCCAAAAAGUGCCGCACACCUCUUCACUGUGGUAGUGGUAAGUGGAAGAGGAAGAGAAGCAGGAGGCACUGCUGUGCCUGAGGUAUAUGCAUAUUCCUAAAGGACCACAGGGCCAAGUGAGAGACAGGACAUUGCAGCUCCUCCACCGUGGCGGCAGCAGUGGCAGAAGCUGAGGCAGGAGGGACCAGAGUAAUUAAGAAACAAGAACUGUUUUGCUGCAAGAAUGGAGCAAAAUUUUCAGCAAGCCCCAGAGGCUGCUUUUGCAAUGGGGCAAUCCCCUAUUCCUCCAUUUUCCUCCCUGCCGCAGCCCAUGGUGGGAGGAGUGCAUGCCUUACAGCCUGCCUUCCUCCACCAUCUACCACCCUGGAGCCAGAUGGACUCAGGGCAUCCCUUCCUCACCCAACCCCCACUGCCAGCCCAACCCUGACCCCACCUGGGCUUAGUCAUCUCAUGAAACCUCACUUUCUAUUCAGCAUUAAAGCUCCUGACACGCCAGCAACCAGAUGAUCCUCCUUUUCUAUUCCCGUUGUACAUAGCCCCCCCCCUUUACCACUUCUGCCCCCCUUGUACAAAGCCCCUCCUCCCAUUUGCUGCCGUUUCUCCCACCCUGGGAGCAUCAGCCACCCGCCCCAUUCUGUAUGCUUCUAAGGUGUGAACAUUCAAAUAAACAGUAUUAUUAUUUAUUGAUGAUUAUUAUUAUUACUAUUAUUAUUAUUAUUAAGAUUAUUAAUAAAGGUUUCUUUCUUCAA